AUGGAAUGGAACCAUAUGGUACUCGUCACAGCGUACAUGUUGCGUUUCAUAUCCAACGCAAAGGAAAGAAAGAACCAAACACCUAACUGUCAAACAGUUGUACUCACUGUUAAUGAAUUGCAAAAUGCUAGGAAUGUGUGGCUUUGUUACACCAAGCACAAUGCAUUUAGGUCUGAAUUAAAUUCCUUGACUAAGUCCAAAUCUGUAGGUUCCAAUAGCCGAAUGAAGAGGCUCAAUCCACUCAUUGACACUGUUGGACUCAUACGUGUUGGUGGUAGAUUGGAUUACCUUGUAGCAUCGGAAAAAAGAAGGCACCCUGUUGUACUUCCGCCUCGACUUCCGCCAAAGGGUAAAAUUGUGAAAAUGAUAUUUGAACAAAUGCACUUGAAACUUCUACAUAUUGGGCCUCUACUUGCGAACAUCCAAUACUAG